UUAACCUGACCGCGCAAGCAGCUGCACACGGGAUCGGAAUGGAGGAAGAGAGGGAGAACCAGGAUCCGGAGCAGCUGAUCGCAGAGUCCGGGGACAGGAAAGACGCGGGGGCGAGCCGGGGACCCUCCGAGCCAGAGAAGGGCAGAGGCCCGGAGGAGGAGAAGGCCAGAGGCCCGGAGGAGGAGAAGGCCAGAACUGGAAAGAAAGCUUACAGCUGUAAUGAGUGCGGUUCAGUUUUCACCCGGUUAGGCCAUCUAAACAGGCACUGGCGCAUUCACACAGGAGAGAGGCCGUACCACUGUGAAGAAUGCGGGAAAGAUUUUGCAGUGAUGAGUAGUUUGAAACAACAUAAGCGAACUCACAGCGGAGAGAAACCGUACAGCUGCGAUCAGUGUGGUUCGGCUUUCACUCAGUCGGGUCAUCUAAAGAAGCACCAGCGUAUCCAUACCGGAGAGAAACGAUGCACCUGCGAAGAAUGUGGGAGAACGUUCACGUAUCUGAGCGACUUUAAACGACACAGACAGACUCACACCGGAGAAAAACCGUACUGGUGCGAGGAAUGCGGGGCGACUUUUACUCGCGCGUUCUCCCUUAAGAAACAUCAGCGAAUCCACACGGGGGAAAAGCCGUACAGCUGCGAGGUGUGUGGGAAAGCCUUCAGUCAGACCUUCAUCCUGACCUGCCACAUGCGCACUCACACCGGAGAGGAACCUUUCUGGUGUGAGGAAUGUGGGAAGAGUUUCCGGUACAACUGCAGCUUAACCAUUCAUCUCCAGAAACAUCACAGCUGAAGAAAAGUGCCUGCAGGGUUUCUCUUUGGGUAGUGAUGAUGACGAUGAUGGGGACGUGCAGUUUCUAUCACAAUCCAUCCAUUCUCUUCCUCUUACCCUGUUCAGGGUCACUGGAGCCUAUUCCAGCUGUCAUAGGGCGAGAGGCAGGGGUACACACUGCACAUGUGCAAUUUAGAGUCACCAGAUAACCUAACCCCGUUACCUGCAUGUGUUUGGGCUGUGGGAGGAAACCGGAGAACCUGGAGAACCCAUUCAAACAUGGGGAGAACAAGGUGGAUUCUAACCCAGACCUUCUAGCUGUGAGGCAGCGGUGCCAACUACCAUGCUGCUAUCACAAAGGGAACGUUAGUAAUGGAGCAGCAGCUGAACACCUUGUUGCUGAUCCUGGAUCCGCCUGCUUCAACAUUCAGUUUGAUUCAAGAUGUUUUAUUUUUGUUUCUCACUUUGUUCAUUUGGUUACUGAAAACAAACUGAGUUCUUUUCUGUAACAUCUUUAGUUUUGUUUGUGCUGCUGCCUCGACUGACACAGAUGAAUAUGUAUUUUUUCUUCUUGAAACUUUCUAAGAAGUAUGUACUGAUACGGCAUUAAGGCUUCAGUGUGUAUUUAUUAUGGGUUUUAUUACAGCUUAUAGCUUAUAGUUAGGGCUGGAUCAGGUGACCCUGAACCAUCCCCUAGCAAUACUGCUAUAGGCCUAGGCUGCUGGGGGGGUGGUCCCCAUAAUGCAGUGUUUCUUUUGUUCACGUUUUUACUCUGUUUAUACUUCACUCUGUAUUUCAUCAUUAGUUAUUAUUACUCUCUGUCUCUUCUACAGCAUGUCUUUUGUCCUGCAGCCCCCCUCCUCCCCUCACAGCAGAU